AUCGCGGCAGCUGGACAGCGUCGAGCUGUCGGGAGGGCGGAGCUACAGGGCCUGCAAGAAUGCUAGCUGUCCCGGAGAUGGGCCUGCAGGGGCUGUACCUCGGCUCCAGCCCAGAACGGUCCCCAGUACCUAGCCCACCCGGCUCCCCAAGGACCCAGGAAAGCUGUGGCAUUGCCCCCCUCACACCCUCACAAUCUCCAAAGCCGGAAGCCCGAGCCCCUCAGCUCACCUCCUUCUCCGUGGUGGUGGCCAUCGACUUCGGAACUACAUCCAGUGGCUAUGCCUUCAGCUUUGCCAGUGACCCUGAGGCCAUCCACAUGAUGAGGAAAUGGGAAGGCGGAGACCCAGGCGUAGCCCACCAGAAGACCCCGACCUGCCUGCUGCUGACCCCGGAGGGCGCUUUUCAUAGCUUUGGCUACACCGCCCGCGAUUACUACCACGACCUGGACCCCGAGGAAGCGCGGGACUGGCUCUAUUUCGAGAAGUUCAAGAUGAAGAUCCACAGUGCCACUGAUCUCACCUUGAAGACCCAGCUAGAAGCCGUAAAUGGAAAGAAGAUGCCCGCCCUGGAGGUGUUCGCCCAUGCCCUGCGCUUCUUCAGGGAGCACGCCCUUCAGGAGCUGAGAGAGCAGUGCCCAUCUCAAGAGAAAGACACUGUGCGCUGGGUGUUGACGGUACCUGCCAUCUGGAAACAGCCAGCCAAGCAGUUCAUGAGGGAGGCUGCCUACCUGGCUGGACUGGUAUCUCGAGAGAAUGCAGAGCAACUCCUCAUUGCCCUGGAGCCUGAGGCUGCCUCUGUAUACUGCCGCAAACUGCGUCUGCACCAGCUCAUGGACCUGAGCAGCCGGGCCCCAGGCGGUGGGCGCCUGGGAGAGCGCCGCUCCAUUGACUCCAGCUUCCGGCAGGCCCGCGAGCAGCUGCGAAGGUCCCGCCACAGUCGCACGUUCCUGGUGGAGUCGGGUGUAGGAGAGCUGUGGGCAGAGCUGCAAGCAGGAGACCGCUACAUGGUGGCAGACUGCGGCGGAGGCACUGUGGACCUGACCGUGCACCAGCUGGAGCAGCCCCAUGGCACCCUUAAGGAGCUCUACAAGGCAUCUGGUGGCCCUUACGGCGCGGUGGGCGUGGACCUGGCCUUCGAGCAGCUGCUGUGCCGCAUCUUCGGCGAGGACUUCAUCGCCACCUUCAAAAGGCAGCGGCCGGCAGCCUGGGUGGAUCUGACCAUCGCCUUCGAGGCUCGCAAACGCACCGCUGGCCCGCACCGAGCGGGGGCGCUCAACAUCUCGCUGCCCUUCUCCUUCAUUGACUUCUACCGCAGGCAGCGAGGCCACAACGUGGAGACAGCGUUGCGCCGGAGCAGCGUGAACUUCGUGAAGUGGUCCUCACAGGGGAUGCUCCGGAUGUCUUGUGAAGCCAUGAAUGAGCUCUUUCAGCCUACAGUCAGUGGCAUCAUCCAGCAUAUAGAGGCGCUGCUGGCGCAACCGGAGGUGCGAGGCGUGAAGCUGCUGUUCCUGGUGGGUGGCUUCGCCGAGUCGGCCGUACUGCAGCACGCGGUGCAGGCGGCGCUGGGGUCGGUGGAGCGGGAGCGGGGUGAGGCGGAGAAACCGGAUAGCUCUGAUGUCUGGGACUCUCUCCCUGUCCCGGGGGAGAUGAGGUCGCGGGAGGGAGACUGA